AUGUCUGCAGAUUCAAAGAGAGUUGACGCUGAUGCAUCAGAAUUACUUUCCAGUCUUUCAUUGGCCAAACCUGAUGUUAAAAAGAAAGACCCAAAGGAAGAUGCUUCAUCAACGAAAGAGAAACAAGUGGAUACCGAGAUUGAAUCAUCCAAGGAUUCAGCACCAACAAGUACAUCGAACUCCGAUGAAAAGAAGGAAGAGUCUGAGCCAGAGUCCAACUUAGUCUCCAACCAAUAUGAAGUACAAGUCAAAUUAGCUGAUUUACAAGCUGAUCCAAACUCACCACUAUAUUCAGUGAAAUCUUUUGACGAACUAGGCCUCAAACCAGAAUUACUUAAAGGUUUAUAUGCCAUGAAAUUCAACAAACCAUCAAAAAUUCAAGAGAAGGCAUUACCUUUGUUAAUCUCGAACCCGCCAAAAAAUAUGAUUGGUCAAUCUCAAUCAGGUACUGGUAAAACAGCUGCAUUUUCAUUAACUAUGUUGUCACGAGUCGAUGAAAGUAUUAAAGAACCACAAGCUAUAUGUUUAGCACCUACAAGAGAAUUGGCAAGACAAACUAUGGAAGUUAUAACCACCAUGGGGAAAUUCUCAUCCAUCACUACGCAAUUGGUUGUUCCCGAGCUGGUUCCAAGAGGACAGGCAGUUCAUGCUCAAAUUAUCGUCGGAACACCGGGAUUAGUUAAUGACUUGGUUAAUAGACGAUUGAUCAAUAUCAGCAACAUUAAAGUCUUUGUACUUGAUGAAGCUGAUAAUAUGUUGGAUGCACAAAACUUGGGUGAUCAAUGUGUUAGACUCAAGAAAAGAAUACCUAAAACUGCUCAAUUAGUGUUGUUUAGUGCUACAUUUCCCGAGGAAGUUAGAAGAUAUGCUGAAAGGUUUGUUCCCAAUGCAAAUUCAUUACAAUUGAAACAAGAAGAGUUAAAUGUUGCCGGUAUUAAACAAUUGUAUAUGGAUUGUCGUUCAGAGGAUCAUAAAUUUGAGGUUUUAUGUGAGUUGUAUGGAUUGUUAACCAUUGGAUCAUCAAUCAUCUUUGUUGAAAAGAAGGACACUUCAGAGAAAUUAUGGCAUAAGAUGAAACAAGAAGGACAUAAAGUAUCAUUACUUCACGGUAGUUUAGAAGCAGGUGAACGUGAUCGCUUGAUUGAUGAUUUUAGAGAAGGUAGAUCCAAAGUGUUGAUAACAACAAACGUUCUUGCUAGAGGUAUUGAUAUUGCCUCAGUGUCAAUGGUGGUUAAUUAUGAUUUACCAGUUAUGGGUCCCGAAAGAAGAGCUGACCCAUCAACUUAUUUGCAUAGAAUUGGAAGAACUGGAAGAUUUGGUAGAGUUGGUGUAUCGGUUUCAUUUGUUGCUAGUGAACGUGAUUUGAAGGUGUUGCAAGCAAUUCAACAAUAUUUCGGUGGUAUUGAAAUGACUAGAGUGCCAACUGAUGAUUGGGAUGAAGUUGAGGAAAUCGUAACUAAAGUUAUAAAGAGUAAGUAG